AUGUCUCACAGUGCCCAAACAUCUCAGAGUACUUCCAGCAACGCCAACAACAACUCCGGCUCUCAAUAUGCCACUUGUGCCCUGGGCGUGGGUCUGGUGGCCUUGGGUAUUGUCAUGAUCAUCUGGAGCGUGGUACCAACCGCAAACACUGGAAAUAGUUCCAACCCUAGCUUUACGGACGCCAAGAGCAAUACGUCAUCGAUCGCCUUCAUCCUGGUGGGAGCUGGGGUCGGGAUGCUGCUGCUCUCCGUCUGCUUGGGCAUGAGGAAUAAGAGACGUCGGGAGAGACAGGGCCAGGGAGUGGAAGGCCACCUCAGCGCAGACACACCCAAUGGAGACAGGACAGAGACGCAGGAAGAGCAGAACCAAAGGUAUGAAGUACCCACCUAUGAGGAAGCUGUUAGCAGUGGCCAGUAUCCAGUACGCCAGGGCAUCCCUCAGAACAACAGCACUUCUCAGCUGCCUACGUAUGAGGACCUAGUGGAAGGGGUACAGAUAGAGGUUGACGGACACGGCACCGCCGACGGGCAACCUCAGGCCGGCGGCCAACCAUCACUGGGCCCAGCAGAGGCGUCAGCCAAUCGGCGAAACGGCCGACCGGGACGCAAGCUGCUGCCGCUAAAAAUCCGCCGCAUCAAGUCGGAGAAACUUGGCCGGAAAAACAUCACCAGCCCACCGACCCCCACAGUGUUUAACAUCGAACCUCUGACCCCUCCUCCACAAUACGAUGACAAGGUUCCUCAGCUAUGA